AUGAAAAAAUAUUAUAAUGCAUAUGACACAUCAGGCCGUAGUCGAUUUCGUUUUCUUGCCAUAUUAGGAGUUUUAUUAUUUCUUAUUGGUUUAGCAUCAUUAAUAUUUUCUGUUAUUGAAUUAUUUACUGGAAAACCAAGUGUUUAUCAUUAUGAUGAAACACAAGGUGGAUUAAAAAUUGAAAAUCCACUAUGGCCAUCAUCAGGUAAAGGUUUUUGGGUUGGUUUAGUAUUAAUGGCUGCAGGUCUUGUUGGAAUUUUAUCAUCACGUGAAGGUACUCGAUCAUCAAUUAUUGGUUUUACAGCACUUGCAGUUGUUUCAACUAUUCUUUCAUUUUAUAUGAUGAUAACAUGUAUUAUACCAGUUCAAUAUACUGCACAAUAUAACGAUAAAUCAAGAGAACGUUGGGAAUCAAAUGAACUUAUUCUUAAUUCAUUAUUAAUAGCUGCUGGUGCACUUGGUUCAAUUGUUGGUACAAUAACAUCAAUUGUCGGUUGUAUUUAUGCUGGUUUUUGUGUUGAUCAACGCGAUACAUAUGAAUAUAAUAUACAAGCAAAUAAACCUGUACCCGGUACACCAACUUCUAUGAGAUAUCCUCAAGCAAAUGUUACUCGUAUGAGUUAUCCAUAUCAACAACCAACAUUUGGAAUGCAAAUGUAG